UAACUAGCUACGACCGAAGCCUCUCACCAAUCAAAACCAGACAAAAUUGUACUGCCGGGAAUCGAACGGGACGUCCCAUUUAAAACCGCAGCGCUCAUUGCUGCGCCAUAGUGGUCGUCAAAGACCAAUGCACAUCUGCUUGUUACGAACCGGCCAUGAGGCACCAGGCGUUCAUCUUUGCGGCGGUACUCGCUUUUGCUGAGUGCGGUCCUCCCGGGAAACCGAACUUGGGCUGGGGUGAACGAACAUUCGCGAUCGUAGAAGUGAACCAAGCGGCCACAGCUUAUAACCAGCUCGUCAAACGUCAUGACGCAGCUGACGUCACUGUCACAUGGAACGUCUGGUCCGGAGACCCAGCUACGAGUGCCAAAGUUCUGAUGAACGGCAAGGAGUAUUGGUCUGGAGCGGGAAGUGCAACUUCCGCCACCUUCCCCGUUAAAAAAGGGGGCAGAUAUCAAAUGAAAGUGGAACUCUGCAAUGCAGAUGGCUGCAGUUCUUGCGAACCAACCGAGAUCGUGGUAGCAGACACUGAUGGAAGUCAUUUACCUCCUUUAGAGUAUUCCAUGGGCGAGAGGAAUAAGCCUUUUAAGCAAACUUCUGGGAAAGUCGUUGGUGCUUACUUUGUGGAAUGGGGUGUUUAUCCUAGGAAGUUCCCAGUUGACCGCAUCCCUGUUCCGAAUCUUACCCAUCUAUUGUACGGAUUUAUCCCGAUAUGUGGUGGAGAUGGUAUCAACGACAGCUUGAAAGAAAUUGAAGGAAGUUUCCAAGCCUUACAACGCUCUUGCAGCGGUCGAGAGGACUUCAAGGUUUCCAUCCACGAUCCUUGGGCAGCUUUGCAGAAACCUCAAAAAGGACUCUCUUCCUGGAACGAACCCUACAAGGGUAAUUUCGGACAGCUGAUGUCAUUGAAGCAAAGAAGACCCGACCUUAAGAUUCUUCCCUCAAUCGGCGGCUGGACUCUAGCUGAUCCUUUCUUCUUCUUCACCGCUAAGGACAAGAGGGACCGUUUCGUUGGAUCUGUGAAAGAAUUCCUUCAGACCUGGAAAUUCUUCGAUGGUGUUGACAUUGACUGGGAGUUCCCUGGAGGUAAAGGAGCUAACCCCGAUCUUGGAAGCCCGGAAGAUGGUGAAGUCUAUGUCACCCUGAUGAAGGAGUUGCGUGAAAUGCUUGACGAACUAUCCGUAGAUACUGGCAAGAAAUACGAAUUGACAUCUGCUAUCAGCUCCGGUUGGGACAAGAUCCAGGUCGUAGACUACGGCAAAGCUCAAAACUAUAUGGACCAUAUUUUCUUGAUGAGUUACGAUUUCAAGGGUGCUUGGUCUAAUGACACUCUUGGUCACCAAACACCACUGUAUGCUCCCGCAUGGAAUCCAAAGGAGACUUACACCACUGACUUUGGUGUUAAAUACUUAUUGGCUCAAGGUGUGAACCCAAAGAAGAUUGUUGUAGGUGUCGCUAUGUACGGCCGUGGCUGGACUGGUGUCAACGGAUACAAAGAUGGUAAUCCCUUCACAGGAAACGCAACAGGGCCGGUAAAGGGUACAUGGCAGGAUGGAGUAGUGGACUAUAGGGAAAUUGCCAACGAAAUUGCUCAAAACAGAUGGGAGUUCCAUUAUGACAGUGUUGCCCAGGCUCCUUACGUCUUCAGGCCAUCGACUGGUGAUCUGGUGACCUAUGACAACGCGAGAUCGGUUAUCGAAAAGGGUAAAUAUGUCAGGAAUAACAAGCUAGGCGGUCUCUUUGCGUGGGAAGUGGACGCUGACAAUGGUGAUCUAUUAAACGCCAUGAACAUGGGGCUCGGCAAUAGUCAGGCAUAAAUUAAUCAGUUCAAAUUGAACUAUGAGUUGUGAAUGUGAUCUUAUAUAGUAAGUUUGCUUUAAGGAAGGUUUCAAGUAGGUCGUAGAUGUAUGAACUUAAUUUAUAAUAAAGACUGGUAAAUAUUUA